AUGUCCUUGUCUCCUCCUCUACUUCGCCUUCGCCUGGUCUCUACCGUGGCAGGUGCGGAAAUGAACGCCUCAGACAAAUGGUGCUCUGAAGUGAGGACAGAUAAACCAGCCUUUGGUGUGGCUUCAGUCUCAUUAAACCUCACUCUGGCUGACCUCCAGUCUGGUGUUGUUCAGUCUGUGCCAGGCUCGUGGCACCACAACCAGGGCAGUGAUGCACAUCUUUUACAGAGCUUGAAGUCUAAAGCAAACAACAAGUUGGUGAUUACAUCCGUUGCCUUUCAAGACCACAUCACACGGAGCCUGUUGCAUCCAAAUUUCUCAUUCUCUGACCCUUUGCUGAGCUGCAAAAGAAAAGCACCCAAAAAUCUUCAAGCAAGAGGAGGAGUGGAGGAGAAGGGUUUGCAAAGACAUGAUGGGCAAGACAAGACAGAAUAUGUACUUGAUCCUGCUCCACCACCAUUAACAUUAGCUCAAAAGAUGGGUUUGGUGGCUUCGCCAGCAGAGAGACUGACAGAGGCUGAAUGGACGCAGGUCAAAGCGAGGUCUAUUCAACAGGGGGAUUCAGCUCAGCCCUGUGCAAUAUGCAGGGAGGAGUUUCGCCUUCAACCUCAGGUGUUGCUGUCUUGCUCGCACGUUUUCCACAGAGCAUGUCUGCGGGCCUUUGAGAGGUUUUCUGGGAGAAAAUGCUGCCCUAUGUGCAGGAGGGAGCAGUAUGAAACACGGGUGAUACACGAUGCAGCUUGCCUCUUCAGACACCAGUGUGCUACCAAAAUUCAAGCAUACUGGCGAGGCUAUGUUGCUCGAAAGUGGUACAGACAUAUGAGGAAAACAAUCUGCCCAAAAGACAAACGGCUGAAACGCAAAUUCUUCGAAGCCAAGUUGCAGGAGUUGAAUGACAGCUUUGUCCGAUACUGUCACACUGACACGGAGGCUUUUCUGAGUGAUAUCGACCGCUCCCUGUCAUCAAGCAGACGAGUGUUCCAGCAGCUGGAGAGAAAGAGCGUCUCUGAACCACAGGAGAACGACUGGGACCGAAUACAUAGCCAGGUUAUCCAGAGAGGUGUCUGGGACUGCCCCAUCUGCCUGACUGCACUGUGCAGCCUGAACCUUCCAACAGAAUCCAAUGCAUCCAACCAUCAACAACGCAGACGAACUGUGCUCCUGUCGUGUUCUCACCUCUUCCACCAGCUCUGUUUAGAGGCCUUCGAGGCCUUUACUGCAGACAGCCGACCUUCCUGUCCCCUGUGCAGAUCUGUCUACCACAAAAAACUUAUCUAAAACAGGUUAUCCAGAGGUGUCUGGGACUGCCCCAUCUGCCUGACUGCACUGUGCAGCCUGAACCUUCC